AUGGUACUCGAACAGCAAAUGGUACGCUUCAACAUACAGGACCGUCGGCCCCAAGACUACGACAUGGCCAUCACGCCGCCGUCGGAGAAUGAACUCGACUCGCACGACAAGAUGAUCAAACCGUCUCGCUUCGAGCCAGGCACCGUCCACACGCCGCCCAGUCCGAGCGACCCUCGUCCUGUCGUCGAACCCAUGAGUCGCAUCUAUCGCUACACACCCACCCCGACGAUUGUAUUGAACGAGUCGCUGCAGAUCCUGGAAGUGUCGGAGAGUUAUCUCGCUUCAGCGAACCGUCUUCGCGAGGACUUGCUCGCCAUGAGCAUCUACGAUGUAUCCCCGCAUUUGGUGUCCGCUCCCGACACAGCGUCCCUUAGUGGCGUGCUGGCCGCCGCCAUCACAGCCCGCACCCCCCAGGUCCUGCAGGGCAUCCCCAUCGCGAAUUACCAGCCAGAUUGCCCACUUCGGGUCACACCCAUCUUCGAAAAAGACUCCUUGAUCUAUGUGCUGCUCGAGAUGCACCCGAGUCGCAUUUCUCAACCCAAACCUAAGAUGACCGAGCAGCAAUAUCUGAAUGAGACAUACAAAGUGCUUGUGGACGCAGUGAAGGUUUGCGGUAUUUUCAUGCUCGACACCCAGGGUCGUGUCGUCACGUGGAAUGAAGGUGCCGCGAGGCUUAAUGGUUACACGGCAGAUGAGAUUCUCGGUCAACAUUUCUCCAUUUUUUACGGGGCCGAUGAAUGCGCAGCUCAAAAACCCGCCCGUGAACUCGAGGUUUGUAUGCAGACUGGCAAAGUGGAAGAUGAAGGGUGGCGUUACCGUAAGGACGGGAGCCGCUUUUGGGCGAAUGUGUUGAUAUCUCCGGUCUACCAGCAGGAUCGGCUGCUGGGCUUUGCCAAAGUCACACGCGACCUCACCGAACGCCGUAGCGCGGAAGCCAGACUCAUUGAAGCCUUCGAAGAAUCGUCCAGGAUGAAGAUGGAGUUCUUGGCAAACAUGUCCCACGAAUUACGCACGCCGAUGAACGGGAUGCUAUUGGCCCUGACCACCUUGAUGAAAACCCCUCUGACACGAGAUCAGCAAGAAUACGCCUCGAUUUUGGAGGACUCCACCACGAUAUUGUUGCAGGUGAUCAACGACGUUCUGGACUAUUCAAAGCUCUCGUCGGGCUCUUUUUCCUUGACAACUGAUGUGUUGAACGUGCCGAGCAUCGUCAAUGCAGUCAUUCGCAACUGCCAGCCCUCAUUGAAACCCGGCGUCGUACUCGAGAGCGUGAUUGCCCCCGGAUUCCCCGAACACACCAAGGGUGACCCGUUGCGCUUCCGUCAGGUCCUGCAGAAUCUGGUGGGGAAUGCGGUCAAAUUUACCGAGAAAGGGUAUGUUCGCGUGAAGGCAUCCUUCACAGUCCACAGCAGCGACCCCCAAGCGUACCUGAUCUCUAUUCAAGUGGAGGACAGUGGGAUUGGCGUGCCUGAGACUGCCGCCAACACUCUCUUCACACCGUUUACCCGAUUUGCCGACUCGGCGACUCGACGGUACCAAGGCACUGGGCUCGGUCUGUCGAUUUGCAAGAGUCUUGCCGAGCUGAUGGAUGGCGCUGUGGGCUUCCACAACAAUCCUGAGCGACCGGGCAGUGUGUUUUGGCUGACAGCGAAGAUGGGCCGCGUAGAGCGACCCGUGGCACGCAUUUUCCGAAGCCUUCAAUCUGCAGACGAGUCGCCCGUUGUGGAUACCGGAGCAUUGCUGCAGAAAGUCGCCGCACAAAAGCAGAUUCUACUGGUUGAAGACAACAAAGUCAACCAGACCAUCAUGCUCAAAUUGCUCGGUACUCUCGGAUUCCAGAAGGUGGAGGCCGCGUGGGACGGUGCAGAGGCUGUGAGGAUGGUCAAACAGAAGCCGCUGGCCUACCAUGUCAUUCUCAUGGACAUCAGUAUGCCUGUGAUGGAUGGUCUGACUGCGACGGAGCAGAUCCGGGGAUUGAACGUCAAAGUGCCCAUUAUCGCACUGACCGGGCAUGCUUUGAAAGGAGACGCGGAGAACUACCUGUCCAAGGGGAUGGACGAUUACAUUGCCAAACCGCUCCAUCGCCAGCAAAUCAUCGAUGUGCUGUGGAAAUGGUGCGGGUCGAACAGUCGCGGUAGUUGA